UAACCGCUGACCUACUAACACAGAUCCACGACCAGCCACCUUGAGAGGAAGAAGCCAGGUAUUUGGCAACUUGUAGGAGUUCAUGGACAGUUAUUUCCUUCCUAGCCCAGUGGGGGACUUCACGUCUCCUCUGUGCCAGAUACGCGGAGGAACACCAGACCCCCUACCAGGUGGCAGCAAAGAUUUACUCAAGUGGAUUAAUCCAAUGGGGCAGUUACUAUUGCUGCAUUCAAGCAUUAUGGUGCACAGUUAAAUACCUCUAAACACAUUGACGGUAAUAAUAUGCAAUCAAUCAAGCAAGAGGUGGACUCCACUGGGCCCUACAGCAGAGAGGGUGCCCUGGUCCUGGCUCUACAAGGGGCUAGCAGAGACAUGAUGGGCCACAACAUCUCGGAGAUUCCGCUCAAGGCUAAAACCACCUGUCGCAGGAAGAGAGAGUUCAUCUCGAAUGAAAAGAAAGACAACCUUUACUGGGAGAGGCGACGCAAAAACAACGAGGCGGCCAAACGCUCCAGGGAGAAGCGACGCAUAAACGACAUGGUUCUUGAGAACAAGCUGACGGCCCUGGGAGAGGAAAACGCCUCCCUCAAGGCUGAGCUGCUGUCACUGAAGCUGAAGUUUGGCCUGGUGAGCUCGGCCGCGUACGCCCAAGAAGUCCAGAAUGUAUCCAGCGCCGCCAACAUCGACCUCUACCAGGAGUUUGUUCCACCCAGUGCCGGCCAAAGUUCUUCCAGCAGGGUUUUGGAGCCUCAUCAUUUGCGCAGCAGCUGCAUAUCAGUCAUCAAGCAUUCGCCUCACAUGCCCGAGACUUGUACCGCAACUCGGGGUAGCUUUAGUAUCUGUGGGACUGCAGAUGUCAAGCAGGAACCAGCGGAGAACAGCAGCUAUGCACAAGAGAGAAGCGGUCCCUACGAACUCUAUAGGAACUACGCCCAGUCUGCUUCAUUCCUACAGCUCACCAGGUCGUCCAGUAACUCCCCCAGGAGCUCAGACGACAGUGCCGUAAGCAAAUCAUCAGAUGGCGAGGACGAGCAGCAGGUCCCCAAAGGGUUGACGCCGUCUGUAGGCGAUCCAAGAAGCGUCAUUGUCUCCACGCACAAAGUGCCAGAUGCCAGUUCUUCAGCUUUGCCCCACAAACUGCGGCUCAAGGCCAGAACCGUCCAAAUCAAAGAGGAGGCAAUCGACCUUGAAUACGAGUCCUCUGGGAAGUCCUCCUCCUCUGUCAGAGGUUUAGAAGGAGGGUGCUACCAGACUACCCAGGACUCUUACGCCCUGUCUUCCCUGUGCCCUCUGUCAUUACAGGUCACGAACAUGCAACACUGGGCCCAUCAGUGUGAGCAGUGGCAUAAAAGCAGCACAGAGACGCUGCAGAAUGGCUGCCGGAGCAGCAAGCUGACCAUGAGCCGCGUCUCAAAUGGAACCAUUACGGAUGUAAAAGAACAUCCGGUCACCGGCGACUUGUUUCUAAUGCGGGGCGCCGCCGACCGGUUCGCAUGUGUGGCCUCCCUGAAAAGACCAACCACAGCACAGCAAGGGUCUGUGAUAGUCAACCACAAACCCAGCUGACCGUCAUGAGUCAUUAUCAGAAGGAUGCUCCUCUGUAUUCCACCUUUUUUGUAUUGUUUUUUUUUUUGCAUUUCCACUGUAUUUGUUGUUUAUAUUGAGGUUAAACAGUGUUUUGAUUAGCACAAAUAAAAGGUGUUAAAAUAAUAACUGUUGGAGCACGAACAAAGGGUGAUCAAUAAUAAAGGGAGGUUCAAAAAAACUGUGUGUGGCUCAGAGGGAUCAAUCUUCAGGGUAGUCCACCCUCUUUGUAGCGAACAUUGCGUCUUUUGGAAAUCCCCUCAUAAUAAAUAUUUUUUUUUUUUUGUAAAAAAAAAGGACGUUCUUUAACGAAAAGCAUGAACGAUCAUUUAACAAUUGACGGUAGUUUUCGCAGCCACUUGACUGGACUUGAAGUUAUUGUGGUAAGCAGAAAUCAGAUUUUAACUAAUGUAGUUUGGUUAUUUCAUCCAUUUGUUUGUUGGUGUGGUGACAGGUUUGAUCCGUACCUCUGCUUAAAAAAUACUUUUAAUUCAUGGGUUUACAAUUUCAGAAUAAUUUGCAAGACAAAUCUCUGGAAAGAGAGUGAAUUGAUACUAUCGGGGAAAUGGAUUUUUACCCUUCCAAUUGUUUUCAAAUGACCUGCUAAUGUAACCUAGUUAUUUACAGCAGGUCAGCUGAACAUGUGGAAUUUGGAAAUAAGAAAUGAAUAAAUUAUUUCCUGGAGCUUUUCUUUAAGGACAGCCUAGUUGCCCCAUAAUGUAUAUCAAAUUACAGUUAUUUUUAUGAAAAUGUUUAAGAAUGUGGACCUGUAAAAUACAGUUUGUUCUCUUAUGUUCAUGCUGCAUACCUUCAUCACUUCAGUAAACAAUGCUGGACGCUUCAUCGUCUCUGUUGUAGUUUAACAUGCAGAAAGUUCCACAUUUUGGCUUUCACCUAAGUCUAGCAUCACUUUUUAAUACACUCUGUUCACUGUUUGCCAAAUAGCCUUUGCUUCUCUUUUGUUUUUUUAUAUUGGAUAUUUCAACCUGACUGGCUGGAGGAUUGUGAUUACCAUCUGAUGGAGUUGACAACAGUAACUGUUUUAUAAAGCAUAUAUUCUAACACAUUUAAUAAUCCAAUGUUUGCCAGUUAUGGAAGAUAUUCUGAAUCAUACCCAAACAGUUAUUUUUGAUGGUGUUAAUAACAUUUAUGGAAUCUAAAACUACCAGGGAUUAAUCAAAUGGCUCAUUUAUUCAUCUUAUGUAGCGAUUUGGGGGGGGAUUACAUCGUGCCUCCACCGUCUCUGUAGUUAAUUUAAAAUGGCUUACUUCAGACAACCCUGGGUGGUAUUCAAGUGCAUUCCCGUGCUUGUGUCAGAAGACUGGUGUGUGUGUGUGUGUGUGUUAUGUGUAUUUAGUUGUCAUGGUUUGAAAUAUCUCAGAUGAUGGUGAGAACUCCAGCGGCCUGAAGUCCAGCUCUCUGGAUCUGAGCACUGCUCUCAAGAUUUCUUGUAAUGGUGAGUUUGUUUACAAUAAAUGUCUU